AUCAUAUUCUCAUCACAAAAAAGAAGCUUUCCAACAUAACUAUAUACUAUGUACUAUAUACAUACAUAACACACACACAUACACAUACAAGAGAAGCGGAAGCUGAGGAGAGACAGUAUAUGUCUACUACGAUGGAGAGUCAUGUAUUGGUGAUUAUAUGUAUGGCACCAAUAGUCUUGUCCAUCAUCUACAAGUGCAUGAGAUUACUAUCAUCAUCAUCACCAAGCCAUGGAGCCGCCCUUCCCUCGGGCAACCUCGGGUGGCCUCUCGUCGGCGAAACCAUCGACUUCAUUUCUUCUGCUUGCUCCGACCGCCCGGAGACCUUCGUGGAUAAGCGCCGCCGCAUGUACGGGAAAGUGUUCAAGUCACACAUAUUUGGAGCUCCGAUGAUCGUGUCAACAGAUGCAGAAGUGAGUCGGGUAGUUCUUCAGAGUGAUUCAAAGGCUUUUAUACCGUCUUACCCCAAAUCACUCACCGAGUUGAUGGGUAAAUCUUCCAUUCUUCUCAUCAAUGGCAGCUUGCAGAGGAGAAUCCAUGGCCUCGUUGGAGCUUUCUUCAAAUCUCCUCAUCUCACUCAAAUCACCAAACAAAUGUACACAUAUCUCCAUCAAUCAAUGCAAACUUGGACACCAGACAAGCCCAUUUACAUUCAAGAUGAGACCAAAAAUCUUGCCUUUCAAGUGCUAGUCAAAGCAUUGAUUAGUCUGGAACCAGGUGAGGAGAUGGAACUUUUGAAGAAAAACUUCCAACAGUUCAUCUCAGGCCUCAUGUCCUUGCCUAUUAACAUACCUGGAACUCAACUUUAUCGUUCCCUCCAGGCGAAGAAGAAGAUGGUUAAGUUGGUAAAAGUUAUUAUCCAAAGUAAAAGGGGUAAUAGUAAUGUUGGAGGCGGCGUGGCAAUUAAAGAUGUAGUAGAUGUUUUGAUGAAUGAAGAAUUCUCAGAUGAUCUAAUUGCAGAUAAUAUGAUUGAUAUGAUGAUUCCAGGAGAGGAUUCAGUCCCCGUUCUCAUCACUCUUGCCAUUAAAUACCUCUCUGAUUCUCCCGCCGCCUUACAACAUUUAACAGAGGAAAAUAUGAAGAUGAAAAGACUGAAAGCUGAGCUUGGGCAGGAAAUGAAUUGGAACGAUUACUUAUCCUUACCUUUUACACAAAAGGUGAUUACAGAAACACUAAGGAUGGGGAACAUUAUAAUUGGAGUGAUGAGAAAGGCCAUGAAAGACAUUGAGAUAAAAGGCUACUUAAUACCCAAAGGAUGGUGCUUUUUCGCCUAUUUUAGAUCGGUUCAUCUCGAUGACACUCACUACGAUUGCCCUUAUAACUUCAAUCCAUGGAGGUGGCAAGAGAAAGACACAAGCAGUUGUAAUUUUACUCCUUUUGGAGGUGGGCAGAGGUUAUGUCCAGGUCUUGACUUGGCCAGGCUGGAGGCUUCCGUCUUCCUACAUAAUUUUGUCACUAGAUUCAGGUGGGUGGCUGAGGAUGAUACGAUCGUCAACUUCCCCACGGUCAGAAUGAGGAGGAGAUUGCCUAUUUGGGUCAAAAGGAGAGAAGAUUAAAAACAAAACGACAGCACCCAUCAAGUUUCUUCUUCACAUAAA